GUCUUACAACUUUAUGUAAAAAUGGCAUUGGAACAUAAAGCAUGCAUGACUAGAGAUCAAGGGACAGGUAUCGAGUGAAAUAUUUCUUUAGUUAUACAAAUGUUCUGGAGUCUUGAUUAAGAUUUCAGUGUCUAUAGUUUCAAAGAAAAUCAUUUUCUUGUAAGAUGGCAGUGUAAUAUAAAUAAACGAAACAAUAGUGAAACAUUGAGUUUAAAAAGUUUGCAGGCCACAUUUCUUAAAAAUCAAUUAAAAUGUCAAACGAGUAUAUUGAGUCGGAAAAAAUAUGGCGUCGUCCAUCCAUUAAACUCGACUAUCGCACCAACAUUGGUAUUGGACAAGCCAUUCUGGAAAAAUUAAAGCACACCGAUCCCCAAAAAGUAUUGGAAGUUGAACACGAAUCUGGAGCUUCGCUGACAGCUGGACAAGUCCGCCAACAGACAAUUGCCGUUGCACAGAAUUUGAUGCGACUCGGUGUGAAGAAGGGCGAUAUUGUCAUUGUGUUUUCGAAGACAAAUCUUAAAAUAACCCCCAUAACUUUUGCCCUAUACACUAUUGGAGCACCGAUAAAUUUCUUUUACUUAGAUUUGAAAGGAGACGAUAUCAAGUUUUACUUUGAAAAGUUGAAUCCAAAAGCCAUAAUCUAUGAGGAAGAAUUCAAAAACGAUGUUUUCCAAGCCCUUGAAAACUUAAAACUUUCGAAUUUAAAACAUGUUCUAAGUUUGGAUUCGAAAACUGAAUCAGUAGAAGAUGUUCUAUUUAAGCCAUUAGAUGAUAUUGAGAACUUUCAACCUCCUGACAUUGGAGAUCCAAAUGAACUCAUUGCACUCCUGCCUUUUACUUCUGGUUCAACAGGAAGACCAAAAAUAGCCAUGCAUUCUCAUUCCAUGGUGUUGUUGGGUGUUUACAAUAGAUGGUGGCAUAUGGAUCCACAAAGUGUUGUUUGUGUGCUUUCGGAUCUUCGUUGGAUGUGUCAAGUUGAGAUGAUGAUGCAGCCGGUAUUUUUUGACGUUAAGCGCAUUUACACGUCGAAAUGUGAAAAAGAUUUCGACGAUACCUACGAAUAUGAGCUACUUUUCCAAAACAAGGUUACGCAUUUUAGUACGGUUUCAAUACUCCUCCUUCAUACACUGCAAAACGCUCACAAAUCGAAUAAUACUUCGAAGCUUAGUCAUCUGAAAAUAGUUUUAUUGGGCGGUGAAGUUGUGACAGAUUCAUUGAUCGAAUAUGCUGCACAAAUUAUGCCACAAUGUAAAAUUAUCACAUGUUAUGGAAUGACAGAAAUGCACGGAAUUAUAGCGUCCGAUGAAGACUUAAAUGUCACUGGAAGAAUCGUAAAUGGCGGAAUUUUGGCAAACGAAUAUAUUUUGAAAGUUAUAGAUGAAAAUGGGAAGCAUUUGGGCCCAAAUGAGAAAGGUCGCUUGUGUUUGAAGUCUAAGGUUCCAAUUAUGGGAUACUUUAAAAAUGACGCUGCAAAUAAGGAGCAUUUGAGUGAAGACGGAUGGUUUACAACAGAAGAAUACGGUUAUAUGGAUUCUGAUAAUUUACUCAACGUUGUUAUAAGAUAUAAAUAUCUCUUACGGUACAAGGGUCAGUUUGUUGUUCCUACUGACAUCGAAAAUAUUGUUAACAGUCAUCCGAAUGUUUUAAUAUCCGCCCUUGUUGGAUAUCCAGAUCCUGAGAAUGAAGAUUCCGAAAUAGGAACUAUGUUCGUCUUGAGAAAUGAGGCUAAAAGUGAUGAUAUUGAAGAUGAAGUUUUAGGUUUACUGCGAAAAAAUCUCACAACCGAGCAAGCUAGGUUUGUUCGAUUCUUGAAACUUGUCGAUAAAGUUCCCAUGUGCAAUUAUUCGAAAGUAAAUCGAACAGCACUAAAAGAAAUGGCUGCCACCGAAUCGGUGAAUUAUACAAGAAAACUCUGUCCAGCCACAAGAAACAUGGGAAAUCACUUCGUGGAGAAUGAGAAAGUGUGGUAUUCUCAAAGCUGUGAAAUUGAUGUUCCUAAUCUUAGCCUUGGGCAAGCAAUUUUGGCGAAAUUGAAGGAAACAAAACCGAAUAGAAUUUUGGAGAUCGAACAUGAAUCUAGAGCUACUUUAACAGCAGCCGAAAUACGCUCCCAGACAAUCACAGUUACACAGAACUUAUUAAGGCUUGGGGUAAAAAAGGGAGAUAUUGUAAUUGUUUUCUCGAAAUCCAACAUUAAAAUUACACCAAUUACUUUUGCAUUGUACACCAUCGGAGCUCCUGUUAAUUUUUUUUACUUGGAUCUCAAAGGAGAUGAUAUAAAGUUUUACUUCGAAAUAUUAGAUCCAACUGUAAUACUUUACGAAGAAGAAUUCAAAAACGAGGUCUUUUCAACUAUUGAGAGUCUUGAACUACACAAACUUAAACAUAUUUUAAGUUUGGACUCAAAAUCUACUAAAUCAUCAGUCGAUGAAGUUCUAUUUAAAAACUUAGGCGAUAUUGAAAAUUUUCAGCCACCGAAUAUUGGAGAUCCUUGCAAGUUGCCAGCUGUCUUGCCUUUUACAUCUGGUUCCACAGGACUGCCUAAAAUUGUUAUGCAAUCACAUGCCAUGAUAUUGCAGUCAGUUUACAACAAAUGGUGGCACAUGGACUCGAAUAGUGUAGUCUGUGUUCUAUCGGAUCUCCGUUGGAUGGACCAAGUCGGAAUGAUGCUGCAACAGGUCUUUUUUAAUGUUAAACGUGUCUACACAUCGAAAUGCGAAAAAGAUUUCGAUGACGCCUAUGAAUUAGAACUACUUCACCAAAACCAGGUUACCCAUUUCUUUACUAUUCCAAUUCUGAUACUUAACACCCUAAGGAAUGCAGUCAAACUGAAAACCAUUUCAAAACUUAGCUAUUUGAGGACAAUUCUAAUUGGCGGAGAAGCUGUCACUGAUUCCCUGGUUAAAUAUAUAGAACGAAUCAUGCCAGCUUGUAAGGUCAUUAUUUCAUAUGGAAUGACAGAGUUGGAUGUUAAAAUAGCUUCCGAUGAAGAAAUCAGUGGGAAAAUGGUAAAUGGUGGAAUUCUUGCAAAUGGAUACACUGCAAAGAUAAUCGACGAACAAGGAAAUUCUUUGGGUCCAAAUGAAAAAGGUCGACUGUGCUUAAAGUCCACGGUUCCCGUUUUGGGUUAUUUCAAAAAUGACGCUGCCAACAGAGAGCAUUUUAGUCAAGAUGGAUGGUUUAGAACUGAGGAGUAUUCUUAUAUGAACUCUGAGCACUUGUUAAACGUUGUCAUGAGAUUCAGAUAUCUUUUGCGGUUUAAUGGACAAUUUGUUAAUCCCACUGAUGUUGAGAAUAUUAUCAAUGACCAUCCAAGUGUUCGAAUUUCUGCUCUUGUUGGAUAUCCAGAUCCAUUGAAUAGUAGGUCAGAAAUUGGUGUAAUUUUUGUGGUAAUCGGAAGUAAAACAAAUCGCCAUAACAUCCAAAUUGAAUUGAAAGCUUUAUUGAAGCAUCGUUUUACAAAUCAACUUGAUAACCUUAUUCGAUACUUAGAAAUCAUCGAUAAAAUGCCUUUAUUAAACUAUUGUAAGAUCAAUCGAGCUGCAUUGUCGGAAAUGGCUGCUAGAUUUUCAAAAAGCUAUAUAAGCCUGUAGAAUUAUCGUUAGCACCUUAACUACUUGUA